AUGAAGACGAUUUUGGAUGAUCCAGAGGAUUUCUUCAAGAACGGUGGAUGGAACUUUUUGGCCGCAGAUAGUGAUAACGAAGAUGAAGAAGAGGAUGAGGAAAGCGAAGAGGCUUGGACACCGAGUGAAGAAGAAAGCGAAGGCGAGGAUGAGGACGAGGACGAAGAGGAAUCUGGCGAGGAAACCACCGAAUCUGGUGAGUUGGAUGCUUGUUGGGUUUAUGUUUUUGGAGGAUGUUUUGUUGUUUUUUAUGUGUUUACGUCAGGUUUUUGA